CAGUUUGCUGCUACGGAACCUCGUGAAUUGGACAACUUGUAUCCGGACACAUUAGUUGCUGUACUCAGUUUAGAGCUAGCGGAAGGUAAACAGAGAGCUGUCAACAUGGCUGAGACUCACAGCUUGCAGGAUAUGAGGCAGCAGGCGGCUAUCGCUGCCAAAGUGUUCAUCCAGAGAGACUACACCAAUGGCACUGUCUGCCAGUUUCAGACCAAGUUCCCUUCUGAACUGGAGACCAGGAUUGACAAGCAGCAGUUUGAGGAGACUGUGAGGACGCUGAACAACCUGUAUGCUGAGGCAGAGAAGCUGGGAGGCUCGUCGUAUCUGGAGGGCUGUCUGGCCUGUCUCACAGCUUACACGAUCUUCCUCUGUAUGGAGACACACUACGAGAAGGUUUUGAAGAAGAUUGCUAAGUUCAUCCAGGAGCAGAAUGAUAAGAUCUAUGCUCCACGAGGUCUGCUCCUCACUGACCCUAUUGAGAGAGGCCUCAGAGUUGUUGAAGUAACCAUCUUUGAAGACAGGAGCCUGGGCAGAUAAAAUCUACAGUACUAUGAUCCCAGACUGACUGGACAAAAGCUCUUGAGGGGCUGGUUCUAUCUGGUUCUGGCUCUGCUCAGCAUCACCUGGGGCCUCAUUUAUCAAAGGUGCGUUCACACGAAAAAUAGUCUGAACCUUGCGUAUGCCAGUUUUCCCUCAAAUGUUGGUAUUUAUCCAUUUUGAACUUGAAGGGAAAGUGUGCUUAUCUCCACGGAAAUCUCAGACCAGCCGUACGCACAACUUCUAGUGGUAGAUCAACAUGUAUCGCAAGCAAAUAUUGUUAUUUUGAUAAAAAAAUGUAGGUGUUUGAUGCACAAGAAUUAUAAUAAUGGUAGGCUAAUAAAAACAUAAAGGCCUAAUGAUAGAACAGAUGCAUUUGCCAUUGGUAAGGAGAUCACAUAGCAGCACGUAGCCUAAUGCAUCUAUUUAAAAUUGACAGUGUGUAGGAUACAGUAUUGCCACAUCAUAGCCUAUUUCAAUGCAGAGCCUAUACCAAGGCAGGAGAUAGAAACACAAUCAUCUACUUCAAAAUAUUGAACAGGAAUGAGUAUUUUCCAUAGAAGUGUGCUGUAGCAUUUACUUUUGAGCUGUUCGAAUAGGGAAUCAAACUUUCAGAAUGUGCUACCAGUGUUUGGCACUCUCUCUAUAGGCGGCAUGCAUUUUUUGUUUGUAAAAGGUAAGUAUUCUGCCCUCAGCUCUACAUAAAAGUGAUAAAAUUGGCCAUUGCACUUUUCUUUUAGAAACUGUCAUGGCCCAGUUCCAACAUCUCCAAAUCAUACAUCAAAUGAGGGUGUUUUUUUAUUACCAUAAAAGGCAACAAAAACGUUCGUAUAUGUUGUGUGCAGUAGUUUGAUGAAUCCCAAUAAUUUAGUUGUGAAUGCAAAUCCUAGCAUCCCCACGUACGGCAGAAUUUAGUGAGAUGUACGCACGGUUGAUAAAUGAGGCCCCUGGUCCUGGGUAGGUGGGACCACCACCGCACCUUCAGACUGAGGACCACCUGAAACUUCAGCCUGCAGAACAUCAUACCAGCCCUACUGGCUCCCAUCCAGGAUCCACAUCUACUUUCUGACUACUGCGUCUCUACAAUCUCCCCUGUACUCGACUCCCUCACACUGUUCUAUACUCCACUCAACUAACGCAUGUACAGUAUAUGAUGCUGGGGCUGUAUUACACAUUAAAAUCCUAAAGGCCCCUCUAAAGUGAAAUAAGAUACGAUUUGACAGUUAGGUUGUUUUCUGUAAUACAUCCCCAGACUCCUAAUCUUCUAAAAAUGUAUUUCCUAUCUCUGUAUUUCUAACCGUUUGCUUACUGCAUCUUAAGUCUGUUUACUUUUGCCUGUACAGAGAUCGCUUGCUUUACAAAACCAAAUGGCCCAAAUUAUGCUUGCAUUCUUCUUGCAUGUUGCGUCAAUGCUCCGAUGGUCCUUUUGUAAAACGUAAAUGUGCCGUGCACAGUGUUUGUUUGGUGACUACUGUUCAUUUUGCCGUGUGUUGAUUGACUUGUUUGUAUGUGUGUGGGUAGGCUAUGUCUAGCUAUGUAAGCACAUUUGAUUGCCUUCAAGUGAAGCGUUAGGCCGAGAAGUGCUCUUGUUUGUCUCCAGUGCCUGUAGUUUAUGUGAAUAUUGCCUCUGUCAGCUCAGUGGGUUCAGGUCAAGUGUAUCUUAGCAUACUAUUUUAGCAGCCAUCUUAUUUAGCUUAUCCUAACUUUUGCUCGCUUCAUUUUCGGCAGCAAGCAUGUUAAAAAUCGAAGACGAUUCCUAAACAACCUCAACUUAUUGAUUUCUUUGUUUUUGUAUCGAUCAAUUGUAUGAAUGAAGGACAUUAGAUUGUUAACUUUUGGUGAUGAUAUAGAUAUACAUUGACAAUACGUGGGUUAAAUACAAUGAUUAAUAUAAACCCUGGAAUGCUGAUGUAUUGGUGUAUUGGCCAAUGAAAGGCUUUGAAGCCAAAGGUCGGCCAUAGUGGCACUCCUCAGAAGAAGCAGUUUUCAAUUAAAUGUAUCGAAGACAAAAUUACAUGUAUUUAAGUAUUUUUUUAUUGUAGUGGGGACGGUAGCAUUAGAAAAAAUAUAUGUACUUUGACAAAUGUUUUUAUAUAUACAGUACCAGUCAAAAGUUUGGAGACACCUACUCAAGGGUUUUUCAUUAUUUGUUACUAUUUUCUACAUUGUAGAAUAAUAGU